AUGCACCGCAGUUUGAGAUUGGUCAAGGAAAAAGAGGCUGCGCCUUGGGUAGAUACCGCUGUGCCGUAUCUUGUCGAAGGACGGUGUCCCUCAGUGGGAUGGACUCUGCAGUGGGAGCAGAGCAUCCCGUACCACAAGCGGUACCUGGCAGGGCCAAAGCUUGUGGCCGAGCUGAGUGGCCCAGCCAGAAAACAUGUGACUGGGAAGCGACCAGAGUGGCUUUCCUACGAUGGUGGGGUGUCGCACUUAUUGCGCCACCUGAGAGACUGCUUAGGGAGGCCAACCAUCCCUGAAAUGACUGACUACUUGAACAAGUACUUCCGAAUGAGCCGGAGGAAGCGGUUUGAGACCAUGAACUCCUACAUCACUCGGAAGGUGGAAGUAUACCACCGUGCCCGCCAGUCCUUGUCAAAGGUGCAGAAACACUACGCCCAUCAUCAACAUGAUGAUCAGUGGUGGCAAACCCCAGCCUGGCGCUCUUGGCGCUCAUGGGAUUGGCAGGGACGCAGUUGGCGCUCCAACCAGUCUCAGUCUCAGAAUGGAAGUGAGGCCCCAGCGAGCCCUGAAGCCGAUGGAGCAGGUGGCCAACCGGAAGAAGAAGAAGAAGAACAAUGGUAUGAUGCUCCCAGCACGCCCUAUGAGGAGUCAGCUUCAUGGCACUACUCAGCCUCACGGCAUGCGACAAGUGAAGAUGAGCCAUGGAAACUUCACACAGAAGAGCUCUUGCCUGAGUUCCUGCAGGGCUGGUACCUCCUAGCUGACGCUGGGUUGGAUAGCACGGAAAAGAACAUGAUCCAAACAGCCUUGCAGGAUGAUUACACCGUCCAAAGGGUGUCCCGUGAACUUCGUCUUCAGUGGCCUGACGAAGACCUCAAGCGCCGUGACCAGCAGUCCAAGUUCGCAGGCUUCUGGAAUGAGGACUAUGAGUUUGCGGAUGACGACGUCGACGAAAAGGAGAAGGCCAUGAUCAUGUCCGAGCUCAACGACGAGGGCAUGGUGCUGUAUGGUGAAGCUGAGAAGGAAGUCCAAGAGGCCUAUGCCAUGAUCCAGAAUGGUCGUCGGACACUCAAAGAAGCUCGUGCUCGCCAGCAUCAAGUACGACUUAGCCGCCAGUACUACCGCACCAGUGGUGGUCGCAACUACAGCAAUGGUCAUGGCCCACCUCAGACACAAGCACCUCGUGCUGCGGGAGACCCAGUAUGUCUACGCUGUGGAAAAGCUCACCGCACCUCAGAAUGCCCUGACAAGACUAGGCCUGACACAGGCCAUGCCAAUGUGGUUGAAGAAGCACCUUUUGUCUGCUUCACCGAGGAGUCUGCGAUGACCGCAAUGGCUGCCAGUUCCGAAGCUCGGAGCACUCAGGAAGCAGUUCGGGCCGGAUGUGCUGUCAUAGAUGGUGGCGCAACGCGCACUUUGGGAAGUGUGGAAGCUAUCCAGGCAGUGAUGGACCUGAACGCCUCCAAACAUGGAGAUCAACGCUUGAAGGGCGUGGAUGUGAACAACCGACCUCUGUUUGGUUUUGGCAACUCAUCGCAGGAUCGCUGCGUCUCCACCGCCAAUUUGGGGGUGACUGCCAACCAGAAACCUGGACUCCUCCAGGUGCAUGCACUGGACCGAGGAAGUGGUCCCAUCCUCCUGUCCAUCCAGACCUUGCGGUCCCUGAAGGCCGUGAUUGACUUUGAAGCUGACCUGCUGGUACUGAGAGGCUUAGAUGACACUAAGGUGAUUCCUCUUGAAAGAUCGGCAGCAGGACACCAGCUCAUCUCGCUGACCGAUGAUUUGUUUCAGAAAGCUCACACCUGCAAGAGUCGGGUGCCAAGCCUUCGGGAUUACCUCUAG